GUGUGUGUGUGUGUGUGUGUGUGUGUGAAGUCAUGGCGAGUGCUCAGCCGGGGGUCCAUGCAUUGAAACUCCAGCCUCCCUCCGUCUCCAUCACACUGAGGAACGGAAGCAACUUCAUUAAAUGGGACGAGGAUCUGUCUACCGUGAAUCCAGUGACUCUUCACGUGGAUCCACAUGGAUUUUACCUCUACUGGACCGACCAAAACAAGGAGACAGAGUUGCUGGACCUGACCUAUGUAAAAGAUGUCAGAACAGGGAGAAGCACCAAAACACCCAAGGAGGCCAAGCUGCGCGAGCUGCUGGAUGUGGGGAACCUGGUUGGCCGGCUGGAGAACCGCAUGGUUACAGUGGUGACGGCUUCAGACCUUGUGAACGUCAACCAGCUCAACUUCAUUGCUUCACAGGAGGACGAAGCCAAGAUGUGGUGUGAGGAACUGUUUGCUCUGUCUUCAAACCUGCUGAGCCACAAUCCCAACAGAGACCACAGUCUGUUGAAAGCGUACGUCAGGUUAACCCUCCAGCCGAACGCAGAGGGGAGAAUCCCUGUCAAGAACUUUGUUCGACUGUUUUCAUCCGACAGAAAGAGAGUAGAGAAUGCCCUGGAGAGCUGCAGACUGCCCUACGCACGGGGUGACAGUAUCAAACUGGAGGACUUAACGCCUGAAGUCUACAGAAGCUUUUUGGACAGUCUGUGUCCUCGUCCUGAGCUCAGCAACAUCUUUAAACUGCAAGGAUGGGCUGACGGGACGCUGUCAGUCGAUCAGAUGACAGAGUUCAUCAACAACAAGCAGAGAGACCCGAGGCUGAAUGAAAUCCUCUACCCGCCUCUUCGUCCUGCACAGACAAACACUCUGAUGGAGCGCUACCAGCAUGACAUGCCGCUGCUGAAGCAAGGCGUCAUCACUCUCCAGGCGUUCUCCAGUUAUCUGUCCAGUGAUGAGAACGGAGUCAUCCCACCAGAGAAACUGGAUCAGUCUGAAGACAUGAGCUUCUCCCUGUCUCACUACUUUAUCAACUCAUCACAUAACACAUACCUGACAGCGGGCCAGCUGGCAGGGAGCUCCUCAGUGGAGAUGUACCGGCAGGUUCUUCUGGCUGGAUGCCGCUGUGUGGAGCUCGAUGUGUGGAAAGGACGAACUGCUGAGGAGGAACCUGUCAUCACUCACGGCUUCACCAUGACAUCGGAAAUCCCUUUUAAGGAAGUGAUUGAAGCUAUUGCAGAGUGCGCCUUCAAGACCUCACCUUUCCCGGUUAUUCUCUCCUUUGAAAACCACGUGGACUCUUUGAAGCAGCAGGCUAAAAUGGCUGAAUAUUGUCGAUCUAUUUUUGGAGAUGCACUGCUGAUUGACCCUCUGGACAAAUACCCUCUGGAGUCAGGUGUCCCCCUGCCCAGUCCUCAGGAGCUGAUGGGCAAAAUUCUCAUCAAAAACAAGAAAUCCCACAAACCCUCCAAUAACACGGACACCAAAAGACUGAUGGACCAACCUGCCAAUCAGAGCAACGAACCAGUGUCUCCUAGCAACAACACAGGAGAGAUGGAGGCUGAGAGUGAGGAAGAUGAUGAUGAUGAAGAUGAUGAUGGUAAAAAGGGCUCUGCAGAGCGGGAGGCAGUGGCUACAGAGGAAAUGUCAACUCUGGUUAAUUACGUCCAACCAACCAAGUUCAACUCAUUUGAAGCCUCUAAGAAGGCAGCCCGCUGUUACCACAUGUCGUCUUUUGUGGAGACCAAAGCUUUGGAGCACCUCACAAAGUCACCAGUGGAGUUUGUGGAAUAUAAUAAAUCCCAGUUGAGUCGUAUCUAUCCAAAAGGGACAAGAGUUGACUCGUCCAACUUCAUGCCUCAACUGUUUUGGAACGCUGGCUGUCAGCUCGUGGCUCUCAACUACCAAACUAUUGAUUUGUCCAUGCAGCUGAAUCUCUUCAUGUUCGAGUACAACGGUCGGAGCGGCUACAGACUGAAGCCAGAGUUCAUGAGACGUCCAGACAAACACUUUGACCCGUUCACAGAGAACACAGUGGAUGGCAUCGUAGCCAACACCCUCUCUGUGAAGGUGAUUUCAGGCCAGUUUCUGACUGAACGACGGGUGGGUGUGUAUGUGGAGGUCGACAUGUUUGGGCUUCCUGCCGACACCAGGAGGAAAGCUCUGAAGACCAAAACCUCCCAGAACAACAAUGCCAUCAACCCGGUGUGGGACGAGGAGCCGAUCGUCUUCAAAAAGGUGAUUCUUCCGACUCUGGCCUCUCUGAGAAUCGCUGCUUUUGAGGAAGGAGGGAAGUUUAUUGGUCAUCGGAUUAUUCCAGUGUCUGCCAUCAGACCAGGUUAUCGUUACAUCAGCUUGAGGAAUGAGAAGAACCAGUCUCUGAUUCUGCCGGCUGUGUUUGUCUACAUCGAAGUCAAAGAUUACGUCCCAGACACCUUUGCAGAUGUGAUCGAGGCUUUGUCCAACCCUAUCCGAUAUGUAAACCUUCUGGAGCAGAGGUCCAAACAGCUGGCAGCUCUGACUCUAGAGGACAUCGAGGAGGACAAGCAGACUGAAGAUGAGGUGGACAGCUGUGCAGAGCGUAAGAACGACCUGAAAUCAGCUCCGCUGGAGAACGGGCUCAGCCCCGCCCCUGGCCCUGCAGGCCACACCCCCAUCGCCACAACGCCCAAAGCCUCCGCAGCCAAUCAGCAAACAGUUACGACAGAAGCAGCCAAACCAGCAGCAAAGAGUGAAGAUCUGGUUUUAAGUGUCUUGAUAGAUGUCCCAGUGUGCGCCUUGGAGAGUCUGCAGCAGUCAAAGGUUUACCAGAAGGAGCAGAGACGUCAGUUUAAAGAGCUGAAAGAGUUGGUGAGGAGGCACCAGAAGAAAACCUCCGAGCUCCUCCGAGAGAUCAACAACAAGUACAAGAAGGUGACCAGACAGUGCAGCAAGAGCAGGAAUUCGUGUUCGGACAGUGAGAAAGACGAGCGCCUGCAGCAGCUGAGAGACGAGCAGGAGCAGCAGCUUCUGGCUCUGAGGCAGGAACAGUACUACAGUCAGAAAUAUCUACAGAGAGAGCAUAUCAAAAUGCUGUCAGAGCGACUGAGUAUUCUGGCUGAGGAGAGUCACAACACCCAGAUGAAGAAACUCAAAGACAUCUGUGACAAGGAGAAAAAAGAGUUGAAGCGACUGAUGGAUCGAAGGAGAACAGAGAAGAUCAACCAAGCGAAGACCAAAGAGAAACAUCUGGCUGAAGAGGAGAAGAUUGAGAUCAAUAAGUCCUACGUCAAUGAAGUCGUCCAGAACAUAAAACGGCUUGAAGAGACUCAGACGAAGCGACAUGAUCAGCUGGUGGAGCAGCACAAUGAGCUCAUGCAGGAGAUACAAGACAUGAAACCAAAGCUGCAAGCGGCCGUGGAGGCAGAGUUUCAGGAGAAGUUCCAGUGUUUGCCUGGAGAGAUUCAAGACUUCCUGCAGGACAGGAAGACGGAGGUCAGAGGUCACAGCAAGUCCCGAUCAUCGACCCCACAUGAUACUCUGUCAGAGGAGGACUGAAGGAGAAGAAAGAAAAAUGUGCCCGAGAAGAAUCACAAAGAAAGAAAGUCAGAAGGAUCAAAACACAAGGAAGUAAGAAGGGAAACUCUGAUGUAGAUGUCAAGAUUGUAAAGACUGUUACUUUUCUUUUCAAUGGAAGAAUGCUUUAAUGAUUUGUUUUAUAUUUACAUUUCAAGCAUGCACUUUGCUGUAAUUCAGCGUUUAAUCAGAUCACAUUUAGUCUUGAUUUACUGUCAUGUGUUGCUUUGACAGACAACUGAAACCCAACAGUUUGUACUGCAUGACAACCCUAUCUAUCUAUCUAUCUAUCUAUCUAUCUAUCUAUCUAUCUAUCUAUCUAUCCAGUUUGUCCAGUGAACAUACUAUUUUAUAUGCUACAAUGGUCAGAAUCAAAAACUGCAAUAACAAUAAUACACUUGGAAAGAGCAGCUGGAAGUUUUCUUACUUUGCUCACAGGCACCUCAGUGGUUGUGGUCGGAUUUAUCCACCACAUCUUGCUCGUCUAAAAUUUAAAAAAUGUUGCAUAUUAUAACAACACAGGAAGAUGUAAACAGCAGCACAACAUAAAACACACAUACCAUAGCAUAAUGUGAAUACUGUAUAUUUUAAUAUUAAUACUGUAUACUUUUCAGGAUAUGGGAAAACACACACACAUACAGUGACUUUUUAAGGUCAUGGUUUUAUGUUACAUCAGUUCAUUCUCAUGUUGUAAUAUUUCAGAAAAGUAUAUUAUCACACAUUUUUUAGGGGAUGAUGAUUUGAUUGUUAAUCUGUAUAACAACAAGGACAUUAAAGCUGGAGCGCAGGACUUUUAUAUACACACAAACAAGUUCACACAAAGAUGAUAAAGUCUUUCGCCACCAUAACAUUUUUGCAGUAUGCUGGAUUUGUAGUGUCUGUGGUGACAUGUCUGUGUUGGCACAUCGAAACACAAGUUGGUGUAAAAUAAUAGAACAGUACUCCCUAAAAAACCUGCCUGUUUGCACAAGAAGAUCUGAAGCGGUGCAAGGGGGAUGGUGUGUUUGUGUAAUUACUCUACCUGCCAGAGAGGGGAGACAAACGUUCUGCACUGCAGCUUUAAAAAGGACGAAGCCCGAAUAUUCAGAAAAGUGAUGAGUUGAGACACUUGAUUUUGAGAGAGGAAAUAUUGUGAUGAGUUGAAUGUGAGAGCAGCAGGGAAAGAAAAAGGCUCAGUUAAAAAACUAUCUCUACUUUGUGUUUUACAGGAUUUAUGCUACAUUAUCACUUCAUCAUUUAUGAGUCCUUAAAUAACAGAGAUGUGGACUUGAGUCACCUUUUUAAUGACUUGCAGCUUGAUUUGACAGAAAAUAAAUGACUUGAGACUUGACUUGUAAAAUUAUGACUUGAAUGACUGUGUUCUUCUAAUGUUUUCAGUUUAAAUAUUUAAUAUUAGAAAUGUCCGAUGUCUGUGUAACGUUACCCAUUACUACAACAUCAAACUUUGUUUGGCAUUUGAAAAUCAACUCAAAACAACAACUUUCUCUGAGAUAACGUUGCCAGACACAUUAGAAUAAAAUCUUGGCAUAUUAAUGUUACAUUUCUGAAAACUACGCAAACGUUGAAACCCAAUCUCUAAAUUAAAUACACUUUAUUGUUGAUCCUAAUUUAGAAUAUUUGCCUCAUUUAAUCCUGUAUUGAAUGGUUGUUACCAAUUACGUUUUAUGUUGUGUCUUGACUUGGGACUUGCCUUAACAAAUUGCCUCAGUUUGACUUAAUUUAACUUGUGACUUGACUUGAGACAAAAUGACUUGGGACUUGUUUUUGACUUAAUGAUUUGAGUCACAUGUCUGUCAAAUAGUUUGAUUAUGCACUUAUUCAUUUAUUGAUGUAUUCAUUUAUUUAUUUAUUUAAUUAUUUAUUCAUGAAAUUGGAUCACAAUAGCAAUUUCUGUUAAAUUAUUAGAAAAAUAUAUAAUAGCAUGACUGUUAGCCAUAAAAGACAUUAAUGGACUUUUUUUUUUAUUGGACAUUUUGUAGUGAAGGGAAAGGAUUUGCAGAGAAAGAUUAUGGGAUAAGUACAAUAUUCUUGCAAAUGUUUUAGUUUUCUGAGCAGCAGCAACAGCAGCAGCAGCAGCAUCCCAUCAGUUCCCCCAAACCGACUCACAGCUGGAUGUCCUGUUAGAUGUGAAAGAGCCUUCAAAGUCUGCUGCCACUGCAUGAUUUAUUUGUUUUGACGUGAAAGUUGUUUUCACAUAGUUAUCAUUCUGAUGAUCUAUUUAUUUAUUUAUCGUUAUUUUUAUGAUAAUUAAGGAUCAAGGAUGUAACAAUUUAUAAAGCUGUUGAAGUUAUUUCAGAGUGCAAAGUCUACCUUUUUGUAAAAAUGUAAAAUGAAUGGAGCUCGUCACUCUUUGUACAGUGAUCUUCCAGAAAAAUAUUUGUUGGGACACUU